AUGGGAAAUGCAUGCUGUAAACUUUAUUGUUUAGAACAUAGUAUACAACUAAAUGGUUUGAUACUAACUAUUGAAUUCUUUAAUCAACAAGGUAAUUUAGGACCUAGUGUUAUUGAUGAAGUGAGAACUGAUCCACGCAAACAACUAUUUCAUCCAGAACAAAUAAUCACAGGAAACGAUGCGACAAGUAAUCAUCCUCGAGGCCACUAUACGAUAAGCAAAGACAGUAUUGACCUGGUUCUUGAUCGCAUUAGAAAAUCUGCUGAUCAGUGUACGGUUUUCUUAAUUUUUCAUUCAUUUGAAGGAGUUGCAGUUAAUUGUCAACCUCCAGCAUCCAGACAUAAUGGUGACUUAGCUAAAGAUCAAAGAGCUGUACGUAUGCUAAGUAAUACAACUGCAAUUUCAGAAGCAUGGAUGAAACUGGAUGAUAAACUUGAUUUAAUGUAUUCGGAACACGAAUUUGUUCAUUGGUAUGUAAAUGAAGGUAUGAAAGAAAGUGAAUUCAGUGAAGCAUAA